GUAGGGGGAAUGCAACUCAAACAGGCGGGAACGAGCUUCGUGUCGAGGGCGCGCUUUUCGUGCAGACCCUCAUCUAAGCGAUAGCUAGUGCAGUCUGUGGUGUGAUCGAGAUUAACGGCCAGAGAGGGGGGGUCCCUUGCGAAUGCACAUCGCUAGUUAUAGCGUAGCGGUGCACCGGAAAUACCCCAAAUUUAUUUUAAUCGUUAAUUUUUUUAUUUAAACACUCAUCCCCUCCACCUUUCCGUUCACCACAACAUGCAACACGUAGUUGGAUAUUAGUAGUAACUGUUACAGUUGAAAGCUAGCUAGUUAGUUAGCCAGCUAACGUUAGCUAGCCUCCCAGACUCCGCAGCUACGAUAAACCCAACGUUGCCAGUUUGCUACAUGGUUUCCUGCGUGAAAAUAGAGGCCACGAAAGAAUCAACCAUCAACGGCGAGAUACGGUCUAUUUUGGAUGACAACCUAGCCAUUGCCAUGCUACCCCAAGCGGUAUCACAUAUGUUACCUGUGAACUGUUCAAUUAGCUAGCUUGCACUGCGCUGGGCGGACGGUGCCGAACCUCCGAGUUCAUCCUGCGCUCUUGCUGGACUGCGCUUUGGAGACUAACCUCACUGAAGACCCGAGUUUUGACGGGGAUUUAUUGCAAAAACGACACUACCCUCUCGUUAUUAGGAUAUCUCACCCAUCAGAGGGGUGACAGUUUGGGGGGUGGGGGGGGAAUUGGUUUGCCGGUUGUUAUUUUGCCCGGUACCUGUGGUGGAGGCUAGGACGGAGGGAGAGGGAAUGCUGAUAAUGGCUGCUCCGGGAACCUGGAAACGAACCACCGCCUGAGGUGGAAGCAGCUCAGGAUGCAAGCCCCCCUCCUCUACCCUCUGCCAGCCUGCCGCCUUGGGCUUCUCCCCCGCUGAGCCAACCAUGUCGAGCCAGCACAGCCACCCCUCCUUCAGCAACAUCCACUCCAUGGCUGAACAGCAGCAGGUGCUGUCUGAUGCGACCAUACUGCAGAGGAGGAUCCCCCCAAGUUUUAGAGAUCCCGCCAGCGCACCGCUGAGAAAACUCUCUGUCGAUCUGAUCAAGACUUACAAGCACAUCAAUGAGGUGUACUACACGAAGAAGAAGCGGCGUGCCCAGCAGGUGCCCCCAGAGGACUCGAGCACUAAGAAGGAGCGGAAGGUGUACAACGAUGGCUACGACGAUGACAACUACGACUACAUCGUCAAGAACGGGGAGAAGUGGCUGGACCGCUACGAGAUUGACUCGCUCAUCGGCAAGGGCUCCUUCGGGCAGGUGGUGAAAGCCUAUGACCACCACGAGCAGGAGUGGGUGGCCAUCAAGAUCAUCAAGAACAAGAAAGCCUUCCUGAACCAGGCCCAGAUAGAGCUGCGACUGCUGGAGCUCAUGAACAAACACGACACCGAGAUGAAGUACUACAUAGUCCACCUGAAGAGGCACUUCAUGUUCCGGAACCACCUGUGCCUGGUGUUCGAGCUUCUCUCCUACAACCUGUACGACCUCCUGCGCAACACCAACUUCCGCGGCGUCUCUCUCAACCUGACCAGAAAGUUUGCCCAGCAGCUGUGCACGGCGCUGCUGUUCCUGGCCACGCCCGAGCUUAGCAUCAUCCACUGCGACCUCAAGCCCGAGAACAUCCUGCUGUGCAACCCCAAGCGCAGCGCCAUCAAGAUCGUGGACUUUGGCAGCUCUUGUCAACUAGGCCAGAGGAUCUACCAGUACAUCCAGAGUCGGUUCUACAGAUCUCCGGAGGUGUUGCUGGGCAUGCCCUACGACCUGGCCAUUGACAUGUGGUCCCUGGGCUGCAUCCUGGUGGAGAUGCACACGGGAGAACCCCUCUUCAGUGGCUCCAACGAGGUGGAUCAGAUGAAUAAGAUAGUGGAGGUGCUGGGGGUCCCUCCCAACCACAUGCUGGAUCAGGCUCCCAAAGCACGGAAGUACUUUGACAAGCUGUCCGACGGUCUGUGGACCGUCAAGAAGAACAAGGACAUAAAGAAGGUACUUUACCCCUCGGCCUCCGAGUACAAGCCUCCUGCGACGCGGCGGCUCCAUGAGAUCCUGGGAGUGGAGACCGGGGGUCCUGGCGGGAGGCGGGGCGGAGAGCAGGGGCACGCUCCCUGCGAUUACCUGAAGUUCAAGGACCUGAUCCUGCGCAUGCUGGACUAUGACCCCAAGACGCGCAUCACGCCCUUCUAUGCUCUGCAGCACAACUUCUUCAAGAAGACGACGGACGAGGGCACCAACACCAGCAGUUCCACCUCCACCAGCCCGGCCAUGGACCACAGCCACUCCACCUCCACCACCAGCUCCGUCUCCAGCUCCGGUACGGGACACAGCAGUGGAUCUAGCGGUUCUUCCAAUGACAACCGGAAUUACCGGUAUAGUAACCGGUACUACAACAGUGCAGUUACUCACUCAGACUACGAGAUGCAGAGUCCACAGGCUCCAUCUCAGCAGCAGCUGCGCCUCUGGCCGGGGGGAGAGGGGGGCAUGGGUCCACUGUCCAACAGCGGCAGUAGCGUCGGCGACCCCCCAUACCCCCAGCUGCUGCUGCACAAGCCGGCGGCCACGCAGCACUCACGCCACUUCCUGGGAGGCGGCGGCGUCGGGGGCAUGAUGGAACCCCACCACCCGCACCCCAUCUACGGCAGUCACCACGGCAAUGGGCGGGGCCUGCGGCAGACUGGGCAGGGGAACCAGCCCCAGGGCCAGGCUUCACAGGGCCAGCCCCUGAUGCCCAUCUCCUCCCCACAGAUGCCGGAUAGCAUCGAGCUCAGCCUCACACACCACCACCAUCUGGGUCAGUCUUCCAUCAUGCCGCCCCCAUCCAGCUUGGACUCCAGCCAGUACGGCUCCUCCAACCUCCACCUGGGCCUCUCUGCCUUUCGGACUAGGACGGUCAUGGCCCCCCAGCCGCCCCCCGCCGGCUCCCAGCAACAGUUGGCCCAGCCCCCAGCCUCUCAGGACAGCUUGGUCGCUGCCUCUGGGCUUGGAUACAUCCCCCCAUGCUACCCGGGAAGUAACAACAAUAACAACCCUCCCCAGGGUAGCGUGGUUGGGGGCGGGAUGCUCACCGGGGGGCCCCCACCCAGGGGAAUAGGGGGUGGUGGGGGGAGGCCGGACUCUGAGGAGUCCACCAUGAUGGGUGUGUGCGGCAGUGGAGGAGGCGGUGGUCAGAACACGGCCAACUCUUGAUAAAUCUUGAACAAAUUCCAAAAGCCAUACAAUUUUAACAACGACAACAUUACAAUUUCAACACGCAUACAUACACAGUAUACACACUUGAGUUUGAAACAAAUACGGCCACACAUACAGUUACAGAGACAAACUUGUGAAAUAUCAAAGGAGUUUUGUUUUGUUUUGCAUGGGAGAAGGUCGAGGGAGAGUGGGAGAGUGAGGGAUGGAGAGAGAGAGAGGGAGAGAGGGGGAGUGAGAGUAAGAGAGGGAGAGUGAGAGAGAGAGAGGGCGAGAGAGAGGGCGAGAGAGAGAGAGAGAGAGGGCGAGAGAGAGAGAGAGAGGGGGAGAGGGAGAGAGAGAGAGGGAGAGAGGGCGAGAGAGAGAGAGGGGGAGAGGGAGUAAGAGAGAGAGAGAGGGAGAGAGGGGGAGAGGGAGUAAGAGAGAGAGAGAGAUAGAGAGAGGGGGAGUGAGAGAGAGAGAGGGGGAGUGAGAGAGAGAGAGAGAGAGAGAGAUAGAGAGAGGGGGAGUGAGAGAGAGGGGGAGUGAGAGAGAGGGGGAGUGAGAGAGAGAGGGAGAGAGAGAGAGAGAGAUAGAGAGAGAGGGAGAGUGAGAUAGAGAGAGGGAGAGAGAGAGGGAGAGAGAGAGGGAGAGAGAUAGAGAGAGAGAUAGAGAGAGAGAGAGGGAGAGAGAUAGAGAGAGAGAUAGAGAGAGAGAGAGGGAGAGAGAGAGAGAGGGAGAGAGAGAGAGAUAGAGGGAGGCUUUGAAACCAUUUUUAUCCUUUUUUCAGUUUCUUUGUUUUUCUUUUGUUGAAGGAAAGAAACGGGGCUCAGUAGUUGGAAUGGAAAGUUUCAGAUAAGUUUGUUUUUGUUGUUAUUAUUAUUAUUAUAUUAUUUGAUUUUAUGUGCUUUAAGGAAAGGUUUGCAGCGAGAUCUUUGUUGUUUGGGUUGUUUUUUUGGAAUGAAGACCGCAAAGGUAAAUGAAUGAUUUGAAAAGUGGUAAUUGUUGGUUAAGAAGGGGGAGGCGCGAGAGAGUACCCUUAUGCUAUUUUUAAAUUCUUAUUUUUUUUCUUUGUUUUUGUUUAGAUUUUCUGAAGUCUAGGUUUAAUUGUACAUGUUUUAUUUAUUAAACAUCACUACAUGAGGAGGUGGGUAAGUGGGGAGAUCGGAAGAGCGUUAAAUUGAGAGGUGGUUUAUUUAUUCAUUUUUAUUUUUAUUUAUACAGGUUUAGUUUUAUUUGCUGAUGGACAGAAAACACUUGUGCAUACACAGAGAAACAAACAAACUAGGGUCUUUUUAGUUUGUUUUUCAGUUCAGUAUAUCUCACCCCCGAAACACACACACACUUUUGUUACAUUUUUUUUCUUCUCUCGCUUGACACUGGCUUAUAUAUCUGAAACUAUGAAACAGAUCAUAGAAAUUAAAUGAAGCAAAUGACAAAAACCGUAGUCACCACACAGUGAGAAACUAUACGAUGAGGAGGCUGAAACAUUUGACGAAGUGAGACGCUUUCAAGAGGAGAGGGGGAACAGAACUUCUUCACAAAAGGAGGAAGUGAUUCAAGAAGAACAAAAAACAACAAAACAUUUUGCCACAAGGAAAACCAAAAUGCUUCCCUGUUGUUUAAAAAAAAAAAAUAGUCUGCCUUCUACUUCAACAUCUAACCAGAAUCUUUCACCCUCUUUCUCUCUCUCUUUUCUUACUCACUUUUGUUUUGGACCGUAAACUACAGAAACGUAACACACAUUUUGGGUUGGAGUAACUCUGGAUAUGCUGAGCCAAAUCUGCUCACUCUCUCUGUCUCGAUCUCUCGCUCUCUUCUCCUCUCUGCCCCAUUUUUCUGUUGGAAGGGAGGGGGGCGAUAUAUAGCAGGAGGGGGGAGUACAUACUUAUGAGGGGACACUUUCAUGCCCUCCUUACCCCUACAGCCCCGUGACUCUGACUUCUCUGGCCUCUUUUCUUACUCCUGUCUUUUGUUCUCCCCUUCCCUCCCUCCUUCACGACACUCUGUGAGUGCUGUUUGCCAUCAAGUCAAAAAAAAAAAAGUGAACUACUUCUCUCUCGGCUGCUAUCUCCACUUUCAACCAUGUUCGGAUUGCUGCUAAAGAAAACAGACAGAUAAAUAAAAAUAAACUUUUUAACCCUCCUGCUUCAGAAAAAAAUGGAAAAAUAAACCACUGCAUCUCAUGUAUUUAUUACUAUUUAACAAGAAAAAGAAAAGGUAAAAAUUAACCUGUUUUCUUCUGUUUUUUGUUUGGUUGCCUUCUUCCUGCUGGUGAAAGUUGGGCAUUGACUAAAUGUAACAGUUGAAGGUGGUAUUAAAACACUGACUUAGUUUAAGUCAGCCACUGGGCGGGGCCUGAAUGGGGGAAACUGGGUAAGAAUAAAGUUGGAUAUAUAAGAAUAAAGAGUAUACUUUUGCACACAAAGGUCAAAUGCAAAUCACAGCUUUCUGCUUUUUUCAACUUUCAGUCGACAGACUCUCAUCUGAGCAAUGUGCAUACAGUAGCAGGCCUACCACAAAGACAAACUGUUGAUGUGGCAAGCUAAGUGAUCACUGACAUGGCAUAAUAAAUCUGAGAUUUGCGUUUGACCUCAA